UCAAUUCUCUCUUCUCUCCCAGUGCCCCCCCAUACUCUUUCUGUCCAAAGAAACCGACGAAGAAGAGGAGCAAGAAACGAACCUCCUUCCUUUUCUUUAUAACGCUUCCCUCUUUUUUUUUCAUUCCCUGGAGGAAUCCAUUAUUACUACCACUACUGUUGUUGUUAAGAGCUCUGAAGCUCGGCCAAAAAUGGCGGCCUAAUCUUCUUGUGAUUCAACAUUCAUUCACUUUCCAUUUCCUUCUCUACUAACUCACCAAGAAUCAAUCAAAAACGUGAUUGCCCCCCCCCCCCAAUNAUAUCUGGCUGUUUGUAGAGGAGAUCAUCUUAUAGCUAUGGCUGUUCAAGCUCAUUACCCUUCCAAUAAUGUCUUCUUCUUCAACACCAACAACAACAGGGGUUUGCAGGAUGGGAAGAACAAUGAAUGCUCUUUGGUUGAUCAGGACUCUAUCAGAUUGGUUCCCACAGAUGGUGUGGGGAAUUCGAGGAAGAGGGCUAGAGAAAACGAGAUCCAUGUCAUUGCCGCCAUGAAUAGACCGAUGCAGCCGCCGUCGCCUCCACGGCCUAACGUCGUGUCCACCGGCCUGCGUUUGGCCUUCGGAGAUCAACAAUCGCAGCAGCGGAUUCAACAGAACUCCGUUUCUCCUCCCUUCUCCCAAUCGUCUCUUCUGUUUUCGACAUUGGCGGAUGAUUUGAACGCUCACAUCAAACAGCAGUCCGAUGAAAUCGAUCGAUUUCUCAUCGCUCAGGGGGAGAUAUUAAGGCGGACGUUGGAGGAGAAUAGGAAGAGGCAGUACCGUGCUUUGAUCGGAGCGGCGGAGGAGGCGAUCUCCCUGCGGCUGAAGGAGAAACAGAUUGAGAUGGAGAAGGCGGCGAGGCGUAACUCGGAGCUACACGCCCGGAUGGCUCAGUUGAGCGCCGAGUCGCAAGCGUGGCAGGCGAGAGCCAGGUCGCAGGAGGCGACGGCGGCGGCGAUUCAGGCCCAGAUGCAGCAGGUGAUGGCCAGCGCUAACCGCCGCGGAGGAGACGGCAACGCCGCGACGGUGGUCUGUGCGGGCGGAGACACCGAGGAUGCCGAGUCGGCGUACAUUGACCCGGAUAGGAUCGCCGCCGCCUCGGUCGGACCGAGUUGCCGGGCGUGUCACCACCGAGUCGCCUCCGCUGUGGUGCUGCCGUGCCGUCAUCUCUGCCUCUGUGCGGCGUGCGAUGCGGCGGCCCAGGCGUGUCCUGUUUGCCUCUCCGUUAAAAGCUCCAGCGUGGAAGUGUUUUUCUGCUAAGGAAGGCCGAUUUUUAGGCCUCGGUCUAUCGCGAACCGGCCCACUAACAAGGAAAAGGCCCAAACUUGCUAUUUUAAAAGAGCAGAGUAAAAUAUGCAAAAAAGGAAGGAAAAAUGG